AUGGCGGCAGAGACGACAGAAACGCCACUGGGAGAGCUCUUCAACAGCUCCGCAUUUGGCGGCGCCGAUGGCGGCGCCGGUAGCGUCCGGGGCGCCGCUGACCCUGUCCCCGCGCGGCGCGCUGCGAGUUCCCGGUGUAAAAAGGACCUCGAAUCGCAGCGGAAGCGCGGGUCGUGGACGGCGGCGGAAGACGCGGAGCUGCGCGCUUACGUGGCAAAGUACGGCGUGGGGAAUUGGAAGCACGUGGCGGAUGCGGCGCCGGCGUUGAAACGCGAUGCGCAGAGCUGCCGUCUGCGGUGGUCCAGCUACCUAGAUCCUAAGGUACCCCGCGUCGCAGCGCUUCGGCUGAGAGCGACAAUGGGGGAGGGUGGAUGUCAGCCGCGCGCCCUUCAUUUUAAAGAAAGGCGCGCUGCUUAUUGCGAGCGUUGCGUCAACCGCACGCCGUUUACCCCAGAUGAAGAUGCUCUGCUGCUAGCUAGUGUUGCGUGGGGCUCCCACGGCGAAACCAAGUGGGCCGCGAUCGCCUCGGCGAAAUUCCCCUCGCGAACUGGUUACCAGAUUCAGAGCCGCUGGCACAGCCUGGUCAACAAGCAACGCCGGAGGUUCGACCAACUCGUUACCACCUCAAAGGGGGAACAACGUCCCCCCUCCCUUGAAGGCGCAGGCGCGAAUGGGGGAGAACCCUGCCCCCCGGAUCCAGAGGCGCGGACGGGCGGGGGCGGGGAGGGUUACCACAUUGAGAGCCUCGUGAACAAGCAACGCCGGAGGCUCGACCAACUCGUUACCACCUCAAAGGGAGAACAACUUCCCCCCUCCCUUGAAGGCGCGGGCGCGAAUGAGGGAGAACUCUCCCUGCCAGAUGCAGAGGCGCGGACGAGCGGGGGCGGGGAGGGGGGCGGGGGUGGGGGCGGGGAGGGUUACCAGAUUGACAGCCUCGUGAACAAGCAACGCCGGAGGUUCGACCAACUCGUUACCACCCCAAACGGAAGGCCAGCGGGAAACACUACUAUCACCACUACCACUGUCAACCCGUCUGUUGCCGUGCGGGAGCAGUCAGCAGGAAACACUACUAUUACCACUACCACUGUCAACCCGUCUAUCGCUGUGCGGGAGCAGUCGGCAAGAAACAGCGCAGCAGAUGCUAUUGUGACAGGCACGGACGGGAAGGAAAUUCUCUUUUUGCUUGAAGGUGCUACUGCCUCAGGUGCUGUCUCAGGUGCUGGCUCAGGUGCUGGCUCAGUUGCUGUUUCAGGUGCUGGCUCAGGUGCCCUCUAUGGCGUUGCCUCAGGUGCUAUCUCUGGUGCUGCUUCAGGAGGUUCUUUAGCUGUCGUUGCAGGUGGUGCCUCAGGUGCUACCGCAGGUGGUUUCCCAGGUGGUUCCCCAGGCAUCCAAUCAGCUUCCCUUGCUUCUUCUGCUACAGCCCCUGUCGGUGCCACCCCUACUGCUGCUACUCCCUCAACCGUUGCUGCAUCCAUCCAGACCCUUCAAUCCGCAAUCAACGGCCUUCCUCAAACCUCGUACUCAGGCAUUUGCUCUGAACCAUCCACCUCUGCUCGCGCUUCUGCUGCUACUCCCUCAACUGUCGCUGCGUUCAUCCAGGCCCUCCAAUCCGCAACCAACGGCCGUGAUCAUUUCUCCAAUUCGACAACCACCCUUCCGUAUCCCACCACUCAUGUGAUUACACCCGUCCGCCAUUCCACGACCCUUCGGAAAGCCACCCAACCGAAUUCAACCCACCGCUCUGCCUCGACCGAACACUGCACCAGCAGCAGCAGAGCUUCCUCUCUUCCCAGUUUUUUCCAGCAGGGAAAGUGA